CAAAUGCUGUUAAAUCAACUGAGAGAAAUCACGGGUAUUCAAGACCCUUCCUUUCUUCAUGAAGCUCUGAAGGCCAGUAAUGGUGACAUCACCCAGGCCGUCAGUCUUCUCACAGAUGAAAGAGUUAAGGAGCCCAGUCAAGAUAGUGUUGCUACAGAACCAUCUGAAGUAGAGGGCAGUGCUGCCAACAAAGAAGUAUUAGCAAAAGUGAUAGACCUUACUCAUGAUAACAAAGAUGAUCUUCAGGCUGCCAUUGCUUUGAGUCUACUGGAAUCCCCCAAAAUUCAAGCUGAUGGAAAAGAUCUCAAUAGGAUGCCUGAAGCACCCUCAGCAGACACUAAACGAUCAAAGAGAAAACGUUGUGAAGCCUGGGGAGAAAAUCCUAAUCCCAAUGACUGGAGGAGAGUUGAUGGUUGGCCAGUGGGGCUGAAAAAUGUUGGCAAUACAUGUUGGUUUAAUGCUGUAAUCCAGUCUCUCUUUCAAUUGCCCAAAUUUCGAAGACUUGUUCUCAGCUACAGUCUGCCACAAAAUGUACUUGAAAAUUGUCGAAGUCACACAGAAAAGAGAAAUAUUGUGUUUAUGCAAGAGCUGCAGUAUCUGUUUGCUCUGAUGAUGGGAUCAAAUCGCAAAUUUGUCGAUCCUUCAGCAGCCCUGGAUCUCUUAAAGGGAGCAUUCCGAUCAUCCGAAGAACAGCAGCAAGAUGUGAGUGAAUUCACACACAAGCUCCUGGAUUGGCUAGAGGAUGCAUUCCAGCUAGCUGUUAAUGUUAACAAUUCCGGCAACAAAUCUGAAAAUCCAAUGGUGCAGCUAUUUUAUGGUACUUUCCUGACUGAAGGGGUUCGUGAAGGAAAGCCCUUUUGUACCAGUGAGACCUUUGGCCAGUAUCCCCUUCAGGUAAAUGGUUAUCGCAACUUAGACGAAUGUUUGGAAGGGGCCAUGGUGGAGGGUGACAUUGAGCUGCUUCCUUCUGAUCAUUCAGUGAAGUAUGGACAAGAGUGUUGGUUUACAAAACUACCUCCAGUGUUGACCUUUGAACUCUCAAGAUUUGAGUUCAAUCAGUCCCUCGGUCAACCAGAGAAAAUUCACAAUAAACUGGAAUUUCCUCAGAUUAUUUAUAUAGACAGGUACAUGUAUAGGAGCAAAGAGCUUAUUCGAAGUAAGAGAGAGUGUAUUCGAAAGUUGAAGGAGGAAAUAAAGAUUCUGCAGCAAAAAUUGGAAAGGUAUGUGAAAUACGGCUCAGGCCCAGCUCGGUUCCCACUCCCGGACAUGUUGAAAUAUGUUAUUGAAUUUGCUAGUACAAAACCUGCCUCAGAAAGCUCUCCGUCUCAAAGUGACACACAAGUGACAUUGCCACUUUCUUCAGCACACUGUCCAGUUUCUGACAUGACAUCCAAGGAAAGUACAAGUACAGAAAGCUCUUCUCAGGAUGUUGAAAGUACCUUUUCUUCUCCUGAAGAUUCUCUACACAAGUCUGAGAUUAAACCAAUUACAUCUCCCCGGUCUUCCACGGAAAUGCCCUCACAUCCAGCUCCUCGAACAGUCACAGAUGAAGAGAUAAACUUUGUUAAGACCUGCCUUCAGAGGUGGAGGAGUGAGAUUGAACAAGAUAUACAAGAUUUAAAGAAUUGUAUUGCAAGCACCACUCGGACUAUUGAGCAGAUGUAUUGUGAUCCUCUCCUUCAUCAGGUGCCUUACCGUUUGCAUGCAGUUCUUGUACAUGAAGGACAAGCAAAUGCUGGACACUACUGGGCCUAUAUCUAUAACCAACCCCGACAAAUCUGGCUCAAGUACAAUGACAUUUCUGUUACUGAAUCUUCCUGGGAAGAACUUGAAAGGGAUUCUUAUGGAGGCCUGAGAAAUGUUAGUGCUUACUGUCUGAUGUACAUUAAUGACAAGCUGCCCCAUUUCAAUGCAGAGACAGCCUCAAAUGAAUCAGAUCAAAUGUUAGAAGAAUUGGAAGCUCUGUCUGUUGAACUUAAGCAUUACAUUCAGGAAGAUAACUGGAAGUUUGAACAGGAAGUAGAGGAGUGGGAGGAAGAACAGUCUUGCAAAAUCCCGCAAAUGGAAUCCUCCACCAGCUCAUCCUCACAGGAUUUCUCUGUAUCACCAGAGUCUUCAGUAGCCUCUUCUCAUGGGGCUCGCUGUUUGUCAUCUGAGCAUGCUGUGAUUGCCAAGGAACAGACUGCCCAGGCUAUUGCAAACACAGCACGAGCCUACAAGGAGAGUGGUGUAGAAGCAGCACUGAGUGAGGCAUUCCAUGAAGAAUACUCCAGGCUCUAUCAGUUAGCCAAGGAGACCCCCACCUCUCACAGUGAUCCUCGACUUCAGCAUGUCCUUGUCUACUUUUUCCAAAAUGAAGCCCCCAAAAGGGUAGUAGAGCGGACUCUUUUGGAACAAUUUGCAGAUAAAAAUCUUAGCUAUGAUGAAAGAUCAAUUCGUAUUAUGAAGGUGGCUCAAGCUAAACUGAAGGAAAUUGGUCCAGAUGACAUGAAUAUGGAAGAGUACAAGAAGUGGCAUGAAGAUUAUAGUUUGUUUCGAAAGGUGUCUGUGUAUCUCCUAACAGGCCUGGAACUCUAUCAAAAAGGAAAGUAUCAAGAGGCACUUUCGUACCUGGUGUAUGCUUACCAAAGCAAUGCAGCUCUGCUAACGAAGGGGCCCCGCCGAGGAGUGAAGGAGUCUGUAAUUGCUCUGUACCGAAGAAAAUGCCUCCUGGAGCUGAAUGCCAAAGCAGCUUCUCUCUUCGAAACAAAUGAUGAUCACUCUGUAACAGAGGGCAUUAAUGUUAUGAAUGAGUUGAUCAUUCCCUGCAUUCACCUUAUCAUUAAUAAUGACAUCUCCAAGGAUGACCUGGAUGCCAUUGAGGUCAUGAGAAACCAUUGGUGCUCUUACCUUGGGCAAGAUAUUGCAGAAAAUCUACAGCUAUGCUUAGGGGAGUUUCUGCCAAGGCUUCUUGAUCCCUCUGCAGAGAUAAUUGUCUUGAAGGAGCCUCCGACUAUUCGACCCAAUUCCCCCUAUGACCUCUGUAGCCGAUUUGCAGCUGUCAUGGAGUCGAUUCAAGGGGUGUCAACUGUGACGGUGAAAUAA